AUGAAGAUGGGGAAUGACUCUGCAGUGACAGAAUUCUUCCUGGUGGGACUUUCCCAGUAUCCAGAACUCCAGCUUUUCCUGUUUGUGCUCUGUCUCAUCAUGUACUUGAUAAUCCUUCUGGGAAACAGCCUCCUCAUCAUCAUCAGUGUCCUGGACUCUCGGCUCCAUACCCCCAUGUACUUCUUUCUUGGGAACCUCUCUUUUUUGGAUAUCUGCUACACAUCCUCGUCCAUUCCUCAAAUGCUAAUCAUGUUUAUGUCAGAGAGAAAAUCUAUCUCGUUCCUGGGUUGUGCUCUGCAAAUGGUUAUCUCCCUGGGCUUGGGCUCCACAGAGUGUGUCCUCCUGGCUGUGAUGGCCUAUGAUAGGUAUGCAGCCAUUUGCAAUCCACUGAGGUAUCCCGUAAUCAUGAACAAGGUGUUAUACGUGCACAUGGCUGUGUGGUCCUGGGUCGUAGGCUGUCUGAACUCUCUGGUGCAAACGGUCUUGACAAUGGUGUUACCUUUCUGUGGUAAUAAUGUCAUUGAUCACCUUACCUGUGAGAUUCUGGCUCUUCUCAAACUGGUGUGCUCCGACAUCACCACGAAUGUACUCAUCAUGACCGUGGCCAGUAUUGUUUUGCUAAUGAUUCCCCUGCUGUCAAUUUUUGUGUCUUAUGUUUUUAUCCUUUCUUCCAUCCUGAGAAUUAAUUCCGCCGAAGGAAGAAAGAAAGCAUUUUCUACCUGCUCAGCCCACUUAACUGUGGUCAUCUUAUUCUACGGUUCAGCCCUUUUUAUGUAUAUGAAACCCAAGUCAAAGCACACCACGGCAUCUGACGAAAUCAUCGGGCUGUCUUACGGAGUGGUGACUCCAAUGUUAAACCCCAUCAUCUACAGCUUGAGAAAUAAGGAGGUCAAAGAAGCUGUGAGGAAAAUUUUGAGUAAAUAUUUGGGUCUACGGAAAAUAUGAAAGGCCUUGGGGCACAUGAUACUCAGCCUGGGGUCAAAUGAGAUGCUGUGUUUUCAAAGUCAGCUUGAAAGGCCAAGGAUGAAAGACCCACUC